AUGCCGGCAGGACACAGCAGGAGGGUGCAGCAGUAUCUGAUGGUCCUGGCCGUGACCUGGGGUGCCACCAUCUUCCCCCCAACAGCCCAGGCUUUGCAGAGGUAUCAGGCGUGUGUGUUGCAGACCCAGUAUUUUGGUGAGAUCAGCAUUGGGACCCCCGCGCAGACCUUCAAGGUGGUCUUUGACACGGGCUCGGCCAAUCUGUGGAGCUGGUUGUGUCAUUGCCACCUCCAUUGCUUUCUCUGGUGCCCCUUCUUCUCCCCAGUUUCCCACAGCCGCUACGACUCCUCCAAGUCACGGACGUACAUAGCCAAUGGCACAGGCUUUGCUAUCCGCUAUGGGACAGGGAGUGUCAAAGGCUUCCUGAGCCAGGACAUCGUCAUGGUAUCAGACAUCCCCAUCAUCCAGGUCUUUGCUGAGGCCACGGUGCUGCCGGCCUUCCCCUUCAUCUUUGCCAGGUUCGAUGGGGUCCUGGGGAUGGGCUACCCCAGCCAGGCCAUCGAUGGCAUCACCCCUGUCUUCGACCGGAUCCUCUCCCAGCAGAUCCUGAAGGAGGAUGUGUUCUCUGUCUACUACAGCCGAGCUUCAAAGAAUGCUGCUCUGAAACCCGGAGGUGAAAUCAUCCUCGGAGGCAGUGAUCCAGCCUACUACACUGGGGACUUCCACUACCUGAACGUCAGCAAGAGUGGCUACUGGCAGAUCAGCAUGAAGGGGGUGUCCGUGGGGGCUGAAAUGCUGUUCUGCAAGGAUGGCUGCUCAGCCGCCGUCGACACGGGAGCAUCCUACAUCACCGGCCCUGCUGGCCCCAUCUCUGUGCUGAUGAAAGCCAUUGGGGCAGCAGAAAUGGCUGAAGGAGGAUAUGUGGUGGACUGUGACCAAGUCCCUCAGCUGCCCAACAUCUCCUUCCACCUGGGUGGGAAGGCCUUUGGGCUCAGCGGCUCAGCCUACAUCCUUCGGCAAUCCCAGUAUGGGGAGGACAUCUGCAUGGUGGCUUUCUCAGGGCUGGACAUCCCACCUCCAGCUGGUCCUCUCUGGAUCCUGGGCGCCAGCUUCAUUGGGCACUACUACACCAAAUUUGACCGUCGCAACAACCGCAUUGGCUUUGCCACAGCUCGCUGA